CGGCCAGUCUCUGCCCCGCACGGCGCAUCUGUUCCUUCUGCUCUGCGACUGCGAAGCCUCCGCGCUCGUAUCGUAGCCUGUUCGUCGCCGCUGCUGCCUUCCGGUGCUUGCCGCCGCUCUUAUCUUGUUCCGGCACCGCGUCAAAGGGCCGUUCCUCUCUACACUAGGCGCCUGGUAGAUCUCCCCAACUCAACCGGGCAAGCCUUACCGCCCACUUCACUAUGGCGGAGCCCUCGCCGCCGCCGGCGUCGAACGCUGGCCUCCGUAUCCUCCUGUCGAAGGACCGACCGGCUCCUUCCCCGCCACCCACCGCCGCCGUUUCCAGCCACGCCGACCGCGACCGCAUCAUCGGAGUUUUCCGGAGCGCGUUGUCUAGGAAUGAACCCCCAGAAACAUUUUCUCUUCAGACAGUUCAGGAAGCAAUUAAACCUCAGAAGGAAACCGUGUUGGUUCUAGAGGAGAACCAAUCCUUGGAAAAUGCUCUUCGAACAUUGCUGCAGGAGCUUGUGGUAACUUUCAAUUCAUCUGCAGUCCAAUCGGGUAAAAAGAUCAUGCAAUAUGGGAAUUCCUUGGAUAGUGGAGAAAGUAACUGCCCAAUAACUCGCCUUCUUGAUAUUGUGCUUUAUCUUUGUGAAAGAGGGCAUGUUGAGGGUGGUAUGGUAUUCCAGCUGUUGGAAGACCUAACUGAAAUGUCAACAAUCAAAGACUGCAAAGAUAUCUUUGGGUAUAUUGAGAGUCAACAAGAUGUACUGGGAAAGCAAGAACUUUUUGGACGUGGGAAACUAGUUAUGCUAAGGACUUGCAACCAACUUCUUCGCAGACUAUCGAAGGCAAAUGAUGUGGUGUUCUGCGGGCGCAUUAUUAUGUUUCUAGCACAUUUUUUCCCAUUAUCCGAGCGUUCAGCUCUCAACAUUAAAGGAGUUUUCAACACGUCAAAUGUAACCAAGUAUGAAAAGGAUGCUAUGGAUGGAAUCUCUGUUGAUUUCAACUUCUACAAGACCCUCUGGAGUCUACAGGAACAUUUCAGUAACCCAGCUUUGACUAAUACAAAUCCAGCAAAAUGGCAAAAGUUCUCUUCCAAUUUGGCGGUUGUGUUGAGCACAUUUGAAGCUCAACCUCUUAGCGACGAUGAUGGAAAACUUAACAAUCUCAACGAGGAGGAAGACGCCGCUUUCAAUAUUAAGUACCUGACUAGCAGUAAAUUAAUGGGUUUAGAGUUGAAGGACCCAAGUUUUCGACGCCACAUCCUUGUUCAGUGCCUUAUAUUUUUUGACUAUCUCAAGGCGCCUGGAAAAAAUGACAAAGAAGGUCCAACAGGGAGCAUGAAAGAGGAAAUCAAAUCUUGUGAAGAGCAUGUUAAGAAGCUUCUGGAAAUUAUUCCCCCAAAAGGAAAGGAAUUUCUUAAAAGCAUUGAACAUAUUCUUGAGCGGGAGAAAAAUUGGGUUUGGUGGAAGCGAGAUGGGUGUCUUGCAUUUGAAAAACCACCCUUUGAGAAGAAACCAGGUCAGGCUGGAGGUAGAAAACGGAAGCCAAGGUGGAGACUGGGAAACAAAGAGCUCAGCCAACUUUGGAAAUGGGCAGAACAAAACCCUAAUGUUUUGACUGAUCCUGACCGUGUCCGCAUGCCAUCAAUUACGGAAUAUUGGAAACCACUUGCAGAAGAUAUGGAUCCAUCUGCUGGAAUUGAAGAGGAGUACCACCACAAAAGUAAUCGGGUGUACUGUUGGAAAGGACUACGGUUUUCGGCCAGGCAAGACUUGGAUGGUUUUGCUCGGUUUUCAGACUACGGGAUCGAAGGAGUUGUACCUUCAGAACUCCUUCCACCUGAAGUAAAUGCUAGGUUUUCUUCUAAGCCUGCCGAAAAGGUUAAGCGGACGAGAAGGGAAGAUUCAAAAGGCAUGUCAGCUCAACCCAAAGAGCAGCAGGUUGCUGCGACACCAGAAACCGAUGGCGGUGGCAGUGGUGGCGAUCCAGAAGAAGGGGCGGCACCAAUGGAUUCCGACAACGGCGGGGUGGAGGAUAGUCAGAAACGGAGCCCAGGGGAGGUCUCUGGCCCUGAAAGCGGGCAGUGCGAGCCUGAGGCGGAUGCCGAUGAUAACGUGAAGACUGAAACCACCAGUAGGGAUGCUCGUGCUAGAGUAGUAUAAAGUGGGCGAUGCUGAACCAUUCUGCCCAGAUUUUCGAGUGACUGACAUUGGGCAUUUUUAUAGGUACUGCGAGACUCGAGUUGAGACGUUAGUUAGUACAUCCUGCAGUGGUGAUUGGAUUGGAUUUGGAUGUAAAGUGGCUGUUUCGUAGCUGUAUGUGUAAUUGUUGCCCUGCAGUUGUUGUUUAUUCAGCAGGAGUAUAGGCAGAGGCUCAAGCUCAACCGGCGUCUGCCCGCUUGUCUGAUCAUAUUUACAGUAGUAGAUCUGGAAAUGAAAUUAGAUUGUUUGUUUA